GUGACACGAGCUACCCUCCGGAGAGGACUGUCAGCACCGCCCCGGCCUGGCACCCCCCCCCAUUGCAGGGCUGACCCUCUAACGCGGGGGGAGGAUUACCCCCCCCAGCAGGUGGAGCGCCCGAGGGGCACGGCCCAGGGAUCAGCUCGGACCCGGGAUGUUAACCCCUCGGGCUGGCGAGCUCUACCUUGACUCCGCGUGGUCCGUGCGAGGCGUCGCUCCGCGUUAUAGAUCGGUUACUACCGAGCCGUGUUAGCCAGCAGGUGCCAGGCUCUGUCUGGGCUUCACGCUCCCGCGGGGCGUCGGGUUUGAUUUGAGCUGAGGAAGUUUACAAACCCGGCGUCGAUAGGGAGCGAAAGCCGAUGGGGACUUUCCCUGGGCAGGGAGAUACCCCAGGUCUCCAGCUUCAGUAUUCGAUCUGAACCGAACUGAUAAUUCUAGGUUCCACUCCACUUUCUUCGGCGCAAGUCCUGUCCUGAGAGCCACAGGCUCUGCUGGGCUCUUUCCCCACUGUUCACACUGACCGUGAUGUGCACUGUGCAAGGAUUGAGGCUCUGGGGACGGUCUGGUGACCAUGGAGGGGGCUGCUCUGAUCUCUCCACUGCAUUUUAACGUCGAGGGGGGACUCCUGCGCGGCCGCACGCUCGGGAAGUUCCCGCGGCCGCUCUGAAGGCGCAGACAUGCCGGGAAAGGUCAGGGCCAGGAUGGCUCUGACCUGUGUGAAGGAAAGGAAGGAGGUCUCGCUUUGGGGGCAUGGAGAGAUGAGUUCGCACGUGUGCACCUGAGCGCUCCGGAGACAGCCGCUUCGCAUGGAGUUCGGUCCCUCUCAUCCCUCCUGGCAAGCUGAAGUUGCGUUGUUGGGGUCCCUUAACUAAGUGGAGGCGUGUGGGGCGGAGGAAGGAAAGGAUCCGAAACUUGACGAGAAGAGCAGAGCAGGCUGUGUCGGGCGCGCCGGAGCACAGGUUGUUUGCCCGAGGGCGGAAAGUCACUUUCUGAGCCAGCAGACCCAAAAGUGGGCGUCUUGAGAAAUGGCCCGGAGCGCCCGAGAAUGAGCCCCAGCUCCCAGAGCCGACGGAAGGGCGGGAAAGUGGCGAUAAAGAUUCACGAAGCGCUGCACGCCUCUGUCAUCCAAGUGCCCUGGAGAGGCCGCCCGGAUCCGCCGGCAGAGAUGCGGGGUGGCCAUGGAUCGCGCUGCUCACGGCCCCUGGCAGCCCUGGCCCCGGGAGUAUAACCCAGGACGCAGCUACGCUUGUCGGAGUUUGGGGGAGCUGCGGUCGGGUGCAAACGUCGUGCCGGGCUCCAGCAGCCCCCUCGGCCUGGUCCCCCGGGGCGGAGUAUGGCGUGGCGCGGCUGCUGCUGCUCCAGCCUUGGUCACCUGAACGAGGAUAACGCCCGCUUCCUGCUGCUGGCCGCGCUCAUCAUCCUGUACAUGCUGUGCGGGGCCGCCGUGUUCUCGGCCAUCGAGCUGCCUACCGAGAGGGAAGCCAAGGAGAAGUGGGAGGAGAGGUUCGUGAACUUCAGCCAGAGGCACAACCUGAGCCGGGCAGAGCUGCAAGACUUCCUCCGGGAGUACCAAGAGGCCAGUGUGGCCGGGAUCCGGGUCGAUGACAUCAGACCCCGAUGGGAUUUUACCGGGGCCUUUUAUUUUGUGGGGACUGUGGUUUCAACAAUAGGGUUCGGCAUGACCACCCCAGCCACCGUUGGAGGAAAAAUUUUUCUGAUAUUUUAUGGCCUUAUAGGAUGUGCAGGGACCAUUUUAUUCUUUAACCUGUUCUUGGAGCGCUUGAUCACGGUCAUAGCCUACAUCAUGAAAUCCUGCCAUGAGAGACAGCUGAGGAGAAAAGGGGUCCUCCCUCAUGACAGCCGGCGAGGCUCAGGGAACUCUGAGGUGGACAGCUUGGCAGGGUGGAAGCCAUCCGUGUACUAUGUCAUGCUCAUUUUAUGUGUAGCAUCACUUAUCAUUUCCUGUUGUGCCUCUGCAAUGUACACACCGAUUGAAGGGUGGAGUUACUUUGACUCACUUUACUUUUGCUUCGUGGCCUUCAGCACUAUUGGUUUUGGUGACCUGGUCAGUAGCCAAAAUGCCCAGUAUGGAAGCCAAGGCCUUUACCGAUUUGGCAACUUUGUCUUCAUACUCAUGGGGGUUUGCUGUAUCUAUUCCUUAUUUAAUGUGAUCUCGAUUGUUAUCAAACAGUCCAUAAACUGGAUAUUAAAGAAGCUGGAUUGCAGGUGCUGCCCCAGAUGCCAAAGAAAAUUCUUUAGGUCACGGAGGAAUGUUGUGAUGCCAGGGAACGUGCGGAGCCGGCGGAACAUCUCCAUUGAGACUGAUGGCGUCAAUGAGAGCGACACAGAUGGACGCCGACUGUCUGGCGAGAUGAUCUCCAUGAAAGAUUUCUUAGCCUCCAACAAAGUGUCACUGGCCAUCAUGCAGAAACAGCUGUCAGAAACUGCCAAUGGCUACCCAAGGCAGUUGAACUCUAGUUCUAAACAUAAUGGAUUCUCUGGUGGGGUAGGAGCCCUAGCGAUUAUGAAUAACAGGCUGGCAGAGACAAGCGUGGAUAGGUAAAAAAAAUCAGAAUGAUGGGAAAAGCAUCAACAAGUAUAGAAGUAACUAGGGAAUGAAUAUCAUCAGAGAAGCAGAGCUAAAUGAGCAGAACACCUUUUGUUAGAAGGUCUCUCACUUUUGGGAGAGGGGCUGUCAGUUAAUAUCUGUUGUUCUUUGCACUACUCAGAUCUCUAUCUUCCUUUCUUCCCUUCCAUUUGCUCCCUAAACAGGUCACUGAAGGAUAAAUUUCAAACUAAAUAUAAUGUAGCCCCAACACCAAUUUUUUAUGGCCUGUUGUUCCUGUAUUUAUGUUAAGUUCAGUUUCAGGAAUAAGGAAUUGAUGGCCUUGGGAAAAAUCACCUUUCACAACACUGGACUGAAUUUUGUAUUGAACUGAUAUUUAGUUCAAAGUUGGUAUUGGGAUUUUUGUUUGUUUGUUUUUUGUACCAUUCUUUUUAGACCUGGUUUCUGAAUGUAGCCUAUCUGAAACCAAAAGAGGAACCAUUAUAAGCCUUUCUCUGCACCAUCUAUACUCUUUCACUCCUGAUUUAAGUGAGUGAAAAUCAAAUAAUUUCUCUCUAAAUCUAACUUCUCAAAACAGAUUCCAGAUUUUCAAAACAGCUGUUUCAGUAAAGCCAGAUUCUGCUGUCAGAUACAGUGGUAUAAAACUGGAGUAAUUUCAUCAGAGUCAGUAGAAUUACUCUGCUGUUACACUGGUGUAACUAAGAGCAGAAGUUGGUCCUGAGAAUGUAAUUUAGUCUUCCGCUUAGAAGGACAUUGUCAAAAAUGGUAGAGUCAAAAUUAGACCUACUUUUGCUUUCUUAUGUGCAUUUGCAAAGUACAUUUAAUACUUGCUAAGUUAACUUUUCCUCUCAAAAUUGAAUCAAUGAAAUUUUCUUUAGAAAAAAUAUUAAAUAUGGAUAGACAGAUCUCAUGAGUAACCCUACAGUAACAAACAGGGACUGUUUCUAACACUGUGUGUACAGUGCCCCCUCCUGAUUGUAGUCAAUGAGCACUGACAUAACAUGAACAUUUAAUAAGAAAGUUUACACAAUGAACAGGUUUCAUUGCAGAAACAGAUUGCAACUUCAACAUUCCAAGGCAUUAGUACAAGUAACCAUUAGCACAAGAAAUGUAAGAAAUUAUGAAAAACACUUUUGACAGUGUCCUUUUUUAACAUUUGUAUAAGUAUCAUACUCUUCCUGUUUUCUGGUGAUGAUAAUGAUAGGGUUUUGAUUAAGAAAAUGGAAAAUUUAUAACUCACCAUUUUGCUAAAUGAAAGGAUCUGAGUGCUCAUUAUGAACUGGCUGAAGACCUAAAUGAGAACUGUAUUAAUGGUCAGAAAAACAUGGAAACAGGAAAUUAGAUAAGUUAAUGGAUGGAUAUAGGGUGGCAUUUUGCAUUAGGCAACAGUAGAAAUAAGGGAUUAAAUUUAAAGGAGAUUGCUAAGUAAAAAUUCUAAGCCAAAUUCUGCUUCCUUUACAUCCAUGCUAUUAAAGUCAGUGAGGGUAUGUGGAAGUAAAUGAGCAGAAUUUGGUGACAUAGGGCCUGUUCUAGUGUCUACUGAAGUCAAGGGAAUUGGAUAUAGGCUCAUAGAGUUAAACAAAGUCUUACUUGCGGUACCCAUAAUACCAUUUAGAUUAUUACAAUUUAAAGACAUUUUAAAUAUCUAAUAUACUUUUCACCAUUUAUGCAAUUUCUUUUUUUCAUUUCGUUUAUGUGGAACAAUGUAGGUGGACUGGUCUGCUUCAUUUGUGUUAGGAAUCCUUUUCAUGCUCUGGUUCUUCUCCCUCGCCAAUUGCUCUUAUAUCUGGAUUCAUAACACUGCUGGGGAAUACUUACAUACUUUAAAUAUAAACUGAAUUUAAAAAUAUUAUGAUGACAUCUCAUAUAGGGUUUUGUAAUUCAACACUUUAAAAACAAAACCAACAUGUUGGUCCUAUGCUAUUGCACAUCACCACUGUUUAUUUAACAAUUACAUUGUAAAGAAUAGUAAGCUGUUUGUAGGAUUCCACAGCUAAAGAAUCC